AUGGCUUUGUCUACUCUGAACAGAUCUUCUCGAGUUGAGACAGGAAUACAGCGUAUGUCGGAGUCUGUGUUUGUGGUACUGUGUGAGAUAUUGGGGACCUCACAACAGGUGGCUAUAAGGAGGGAGACAGUGGACAUCACAGAGAUGCUGGAUAGACGAGUGACACCUACUGAUCGACACAUUGCGAUGGUGAGUGGAAGUAGGAGAGAAGGUUUCAGACUGAAGGGAUCAGAUGUGGACUGGAUGUUCUGGCCAAACAACCACCGAGUGAUCAUGGACAUGUCUCAGUCUGAGUAUUAUAACAACACAGCACAAAAAGCCUUGAUUCUCUCUGACGGUUCUGAGAGUCCACCAGGAUUCACUCUACUUCUACUUCUGACACCAACAAUAUGCAGUAAAACAGUCCAAUCAGCAUGUGUCAAAAUGAAUGGCAGAGUCUAUAUAUCUAGUUCUAUACACAGACAAUUAACUUGUUCUGCAGUAUUUUCUAAUUCUACUGUACAUGGACCCUGUGGUAGUGGUGCAAUUGGAGUACAAGAAUAUGACACUGCUUUCUGUUUUGUUUGUGACUUUUGGCCUCCAUCUGCCUCUUUAUGGAUAGACAGAUGUCACUCGUGGCCUGGCCCAGAAGUUGUCAAUGACAUUGUCAGAAGUGGAUGUCACUUUGUAGCAAUAGGGCACCCGUUCGGGCCCCAUGAAAAUGAAGAAUGGAGAUUUUCUUAUUCUCAGGCCGAAUAUAAACUAGUAUACUCAAUGAACCACUCUCAGUUUUUGACAUAUGGAUUGUUAAAAUUAUUUUUAAAAGAAGUUAUUAAUCAACAAUCAGAAGAAACCAAUAAACUGCUGUGUUCCUAUCACAUGAAGACAACAGUUUUUUGGGCGAUACAACAAAACACACAACCUCACUGGUGUCCACAAAAUCUCCUGGCCGGUUUCUGGGUCUGCUUUAAACUCCUCCUUAAAUGGGUGUAUAAGGGGAUCUGUCCCAACUUUUUCAUCCCCCAAAACAACCUGUUUCUGACAAAGGUCCAUGGCUCAGCACAAAACAGAUUAUUCCUACAGUUACAUGAAUUGUACAAGAAAGGUCUGGCCUGUCUGUUACAGAGUCCCUCUAUCAGGUCCCACCUCAUUGAUGUCCUGUACCAUCCCAGACUUUUUAUUUGUGUAGAUGAAAAACUAAUCGCGCCUGAAAUCAUCACUGAUGUUGAACUUUUUUUGGCGAUCCUAGAAAGCAUGCGUAAUCAGCACUUAGCAGAUCUCUAUCAUUGUAUGAAAUGCCUUAUCACAGUACAACAUUUAAUAGCUUCACCCCUGACAGAGUGUCAAAUCAUCAAACUACAGACACACACAGCGGACAAUUUUAAGAACAUUGCAUUUAUUCUAAAAAACAUGCAAAUUAAUUCAAGUGACAACAAACAUACGUAUAUCGCUGACCAAAUGUCCCUCCACAUGCUAAAACUAGCAGCCACGUUUGGGUUUCUUUCAGACAUGUUGUACAUUGCCAUGUAUUAUUACAAGACAUUAAGAUACAGGGAAGCUAUAUCUGUUAUAGAGAUGUCAAAGGUCAAGUUAGCACAGCCAUAUGUGAUGUCUAUGAGCCAUGAAGACAUAGAGAGGUAUACCGAGGCUGUAGGGGGGCAGUCCUGGUCUACUAAGUUGAGACUGGCUGUUGCGUUUGAUAUAGAACUUAGCACUGCUAUCUGUUUUAUCAGUGAAAUUAUACCAGAACAACAGUCUGUUCGACAGAACAAGGGUGGUGCAUUAUAUAUCCCAGUGUUUGUAAUGUUACACUUUCUAGAGUUCUUAUGUUACAGACACAUUGACACAGCAUUAUCACAAGCAGCUCUAGAUGAGCUACAGGUCCUGGUCCACCAUAAUCAGGGGCUGUAUACACGUGAUAUGCGUAGAGGCAUCUCCUGGGAGAUCCUGGGGAUCUGUCAACAGAUCACAGGGGACCUUCAGGCUGCUCUAUACUCAUACCAACAGUCACUUAUCACACAGGGUCCACGCAGCAAAAUAAAAACAGCUACACAGAAAAAAAUACAGGACAUAAUGGAGAUAACCGCACAGUAAAUAGAUACAUACAGUUCGAUGUUUUUGUUUUGCACAAACACUAUUGCGGCCAUCCAUUGGGAAUAUGUUGUAACAUAUAUUACAAUAUGUAUUGUAAUACAUAUUAUAAUACCCGGUAUAUUCCCA